GGCCACUUCCUCGUCAGCCCGGCCGCGCGCUCUGGACGGCUGGGCGGCCGCGGGGCGGGGCGGGGACUGCGCCGAGCCCCUCUGCCUGCGUCCGCUCGUCCCGCAGCCAAGGGUGGGCGCGGGUCCCGGGAGGCGCACCGCUGCCAACCGGACAGAAAAGGACCUUGGGUUUCCCGGCGUGCCGGCUGGCGGGGCGUUCGCUUGGCUUUUCGUGCGUCGUCUUUUAGGAUCAGCUGCUCCAGGAAGCGAGAUGGCGAAGCCGCCACCCAAACCGGUCAAACCAGGGCAAGUUAAAGUGUUCAGAGCUCUUUAUACGUUUGAACCCAGAACUCCAGAUGAAUUGUACUUUGAGGAAGGUGAUAUUAUCUACAUUACUGACAUGAGUGAUACCAGUUGGUGGAAAGGCACCUCCAAAGGCCGGACUGGACUAAUCCCAAGCAACUAUGUGGCUGAGCAGGCAGAAUCCAUUGACAAUCCAUUGCAUGAAGCUGCAAAAAGAGGCAACUUGAGCUGGUUGAGAGAGUGUCUGGACAACCGAGUUGGGGUCAAUGGCUUAGACAAAGCUGGCAGCACUGCCUUGUACUGGGCUUGUCACGGGGGUCACAAAGAUAUAGUAGAAAUGCUAUUUACUCAACCAAACAUUGAACUGGACCAACAGAACAAGUUGGGAGACACAGCUUUGCAUGCUGCUGCCUGGAAGGGUUAUGCAGACAUUGUCGAGUUGCUUCUGGCAAAAGGUGCUAGAACAGAUUUAAGAAACAAUGAGAAGAAGCUGGCCCUGGACAUGGCUACUAAUGCUGCCUGCGCAACUCUCCUGAAAAAGAAACAGGGAACAGAUGCUGCUCGAACAUUAAGCAAUGCUGAGGAUUAUCUUGAUGAAGAUGACUCAGAUUAAUUCCUUUCUGAAGCUUUAAGAGCUAAAACUUCUGUUGCUUUUGCCAUUCCAAAACCUUGUCUUUGCCAGAAGAGUGUUGGUAACUGUAUUUUUGUUUUUGUUUCUUAAUGUCCAUAUGAAUAUGGAACGUGGCAGUAUUGCACUGUGUUUGAGUAGAACAUGUAAAUGAAUAGUUCUCACCUUUGGUUUGCCAAUAAGUUACUGGAUUCUUUGCUGUAUAAAGUAUAAGUUUUUGUUCAACAGAAUAGAACAAGAAGAGAUUAUUGCUAUUUAUCAAGUUAAAGGAAUUAUAAGAAUUUAUUUCUUUAAAAAAAUCAGGAUGGUUAUAUAAAUUAAAUUUCUUUACCUCAAGGAUGUUUUGGAUGGAUUUUUCAAGGGUAGAAAUGCUUAUUAUAAUAAUAAACCAAAAGACAAUAGAAAAUUGUCAGUUAUUCUGACAAAAAUAAACAUUUUAAGAGAC